AUGACGCUAGGCGUUCAGAUGAUCGAGCAGCAGCGGCAACAGCACCACCAGCAACAGCAGAAGCAGCAGGAUCGCCACCACCAACAUGCAUCAGCAGUGUGUUUUGCAGCGGGAAGCAUUGCUACCAGCCAUGUCUGCUAGCAUGCCUCUGCUCGCUGCUGCUCUCACCUCCAUCCUCCUCCUCCCUCUCGCAUGCGACCACCGCUGCAGCAGCGCGCUGCAUUGCUGACGUGGCGUCGUCCCCUCGUGGCGCCCACCUGGCUCGUCAGCACAACGCGCUGCACGCGCUGCUCUCGUCCCU